CAAGUCUUCCAGUUGGGAGGGGCAACUCUGAGGGUGGCAGGGAAGAGGGGGCACUGGAAGAUCUCUUCUGCCCAACGCAUCUCUCUGCCUCCGCCCUGAUGACCCAAUUCCUUAGACCUUGAGGAGGGGACUAAGGGACACCGCCGCCCCAGCCCCAUGCAUUUCCUCAGUCCCCUCCCACACACUUGUUCAGUGGGUCCUCAGCCUGGGGCAGAAGAGGCUGAUUUAGAAAGGAGGAUCACCAACUUACAAAAACAUGCAUGUGACACACUGCUGAGGACACACACAGGUCCCCCAAACGGCCACACAGUCACAUCCCUUCACACUAUGAUGAGUGCAUACCUAGUCACAAGCACAUAUGUGCACAUGCACAGAUAUGGACUGAAACACACGGAGAGGCAUGCAAUGCAGAAAGCGAGGACACAUGCAUACACGAGCACAUGCUCUCGCACACUCACCCACAUGUGCACAGAGCUUCAGCACAUGCACUCACAGGCAACCCCCCUCGCCCUGUCUCACAGCCCCACACUGGGGGCAGAGUCACCAGCACACACCCCUACAUCCCUGCCCGGAACUGCCUGGCUGUCUCCACUCCAGUGCCUUCCCUUCAGCCUUCCACACACUAGCCGCCUGCACUGAGGGGGCCUUUCUGAACCAGAUGAAAGGUAAGUGUUGGGGGAGGGUUGGCUGGCUAGGGUUAUCCCUGGAAAAGGGUCCCCUAGUAGGUCUGAGAAGGGCUGCAGUUUCCUCUCCUGGGACCUGGCAGCACCCCUGGGAAAAGAAAGAAAGAUGACAAGGGUGCCUGAGGGUCCCACGUGCAGCUGGCCAUGUGAGAGGUGUCAGCAUGGGAGUUGGCUUGUGAUGGCAUGUCUGAGAUGUGGGGUUGUGGGCUGGUGUGUCUCAAUGCACAGGGUAUGGGAGUUGUGCGUGCGUGGUGCCGUGUGUCGGUACAUGUGAGCUGUGGGGCAGAGGGAAUGUUGUCAUGUGUGGAGGCAUGGUGACCCAUGGGUGAGUAUGGGCUGGUAUGUGAGUGGCAUGAGAUCCAGUGUGUGGAUUUGGUGAGCUGUGUAGCAUAUGUGUCAGUAUGUAUUCAUUUGUGUAUUGUUGUGCAUGAGUCUUGUGGCAUCUGGGUACACGUAAAUUAUUUUUAUUUAUUUAACAUUUAUGUAGCACUUACAUGUGCAGGCGUCGUUCUAAGUGCUUCCCAUGUAUUAACUAAUUUAAUCACAACAAUAAUGAGGUAGGUACUGUUAUCCCCGCUUAACAGAUGAGGCAGAGAGAAUUUAAGGAAUUUGCCCAAGGUCACAUAGCUGGUAAGAGGCAGAACUGGGAUUCAAACCCAGGUGGUCUGGCUCUGGAGCCCAGGCUAACACCUGCCUUAUGCUGCCCUUGUCAGGCACACGUGUGUGUGGGAGAGACCAGGUCAGUGUCUGGGCUGCAGGUGUAUUUCGUGGUGAGCAGGUGUAUGGGAGGCAACAAGGGGGCAGUGGGUAGGAGGGAGGAGGACCAGAAGGCCUUUCUGCACCUUCCUGGUCCACUCUGGGAGUCAGCCCUCUCACUCCAUGGCUGUGUGACCUGAACCAGGUCACCUCACUUCCUUGAGCCUGCUUUCUUAUCUGUAAAAUGGGGCUGACCCCCAGGCUUCACUUUGUGAGGGUGAAAGGUACACACCUGUGAAGGCUCAGUGGCUGGCACUGAGAAGGGCCUCAGUAAAUGUGAGCCCCCUUCCCUUCCUCCGUCCCCAGGUCUGUUCCCUGGGGAACUGUCAGGUCUGGGGAAAUGGUGUGGAGCAUGUCACAGAGGCAGGAUGCCUGGGUACAGGCUGUGUGACCUUGGGCCAGCUCUUCCCUCUCACUGGGUCAAAAAAGAGGCCUGGGUGUCUGGUGUCUGGGGGCCCUCCUGGAGUGGUGUCAAUGGGCCAGGAGGGCCUGACCACUCCUCUCUGCCCCUUGACCCCCUGGGGGACCCAGGUGGGACUUGGCUCGGCGGCCAUGGGCAAACAGAACAGCAAGCUGCGGCCCGAGAUGCUGCAGGACCUGCGGGAGAACACGGAGUUCUCAGAGCUGGAGCUACAGGAGUGGUACAAGGGCUUCCUCAAGGACUGCCCCACGGGCAUCCUCAACGUGGACGAGUUCAAGAAGAUCUACGCCAACUUCUUCCCCUACGGCGAUGCCUCCAAGUUCGCCGAGCACGUCUUCCGCACCUUCGACACCAACAGCGAUGGCACCAUCGACUUCCGGGAGUUCAUCAUCGCGCUGAGCGUGACCUCGCGGGGCCGCCUGGAGCAGAAGCUCAUGUGGGCCUUCAGCAUGUACGACCUGGACGGCAACGGCUACAUCAGCCGCGAGGAGAUGCUCGAGAUUGUACAGGCCAUUUACAAGAUGGUUUCGUCCGUGAUGAAGAUGCCGGAGGACGAGUCGACCCCGGAAAAGAGGACUGAGAAAAUCUUCCGCCAAAUGGACACAAACAACGACGGCAAGCUGUCCCUGGAGGAGUUCAUCCGCGGGGCCAAAAGCGACCCGUCCAUCGUGCGUCUGCUGCAGUGCGACCCCAGCAGCGCCUCCCAGUUCUGAGGGCGAGGAGCCAGGUUCCCCCGCCUCCCUGCCCUCACGGGCCCUCUCCCGGCUCUCAGCUUCCUCUCCCUUGUGUCUAUCCAGGCUGGGGGUCAGAUUGCACCCCCUCAGGGUCUGCACUCUGGGGGCCUAUGGAGAAGGGAACCCUGCAGUCCCCCCAAGGCCCAAGCAAGCAAGUGGUUUGCAUCCCCCAAUCCAAGAGACAGUAUCUCCCUUGGGCAAUGAUAGACAGACACAGGCUCUGGCUUGGUCUGCGCCUCCGAGUCAGCCCUACCUUACCUAGAUAGAACUUCAACCAUUCCUCCCCCACCCCUCACACACAGCCACGAGGCCAGACUUCCCUCCCCCAACCACCGAGCAAGCUCCCCUCACCUUGUAGAUCUCAGCCUGGCUGGAAGGGGGAAUCAUGCCCAGGUGAGGAGGCUGUCUUUUUAUUUGGAGGGGAGACAAGGAUUCCAGACGUGUGGGGGCUUGCGGGGAAAAGCUUUCCUUGAGCCAUCCUUCCCUGCAGGAGGGCCUCCACCCUUCCUGCACCUGCUCUUGUUGGCCUGGAGGCCACAGUGCAAAAGGAAAACCUCCGGCUUCCAGCCCCCCAGCUGUGGGUCCCAUGAAUGUCCGCCCACCUUUCAGCACUUGGAGGAACACAGACCACGGAGCCCUCUAUGUAUUUUGCCUCUCUCAGACACACACAAAGGCCCACAGACACAUGGGCAGACACACCUAGAGCCCCACCCACAGUGUCCUGUGUGAGAAGGAAGCACAGGCCCCCUGGCUGAGCCCCCUCCCCCGCUGCAUGCAACCAUGUGGAGCAUCUCUGUUCUUUUUAAUAACUUCAGAAUAAAGUCUCUUUCAGUGCA